CUCCCCUCCCGCCAGGUGUAAUCAGUUGUGUGCCCGACCCGCUAUGAUAGUGUGCUCAACCUCUUUCUGUCACUCAAUCUCAUAUCGUAUAAUAUAUCUCCCUCAAAUAGUUUAUACAUUAAAACCAUAAUAAAACUCGCCAAGUUCAUUCUGGACUUCACACGUUGCUCCGGCACGUAUAAAUAAAUCACCAGUUGACCGGGUUUCGAAAAUCCCCCAUGGACCUCCUCUGUUAAUACUGUUUGUUGAAUGUUUUAAGACAUUUUCAUUAUAUGUGGGUGUUUUGAAGUAUUCAAUUUUUUAUGAGUGUAGUGAGCUGAUACUAGUUUGCCCCCUUAAUGGGACGAAGCACAACGAAACAAAUAGAGGAUAUAAAGUCGUUUUUUUCUUAGUUUUACAAUAGAAGAAAACUUGUGUGAAGGAUGGCAGAGGACGAAAUACUCUUCGACGAUGUUUAUGAGCUCUGUGAAAUAAUUGGAAAGGGGCCUUUCAGUUUAGUGAGAAGAUGUAUUCAUCGGCAAACAGGCCAUCAGUUUGCGGUGAAAAUAGUAGACGUAGCAAAAUUUACUUCCAGUCCUGGCCUCAGCACUUCAGACCUAAAGCGGGAGGCAACAAUAUGUCAUAUGCUCAAACAUCCACACAUUGUGGAACUUUUAGAAACUUACAGCUCAGAAGGAAUGUUGUACAUGGUUUUCGAAUAUAUGGAUGGCUCUGAUAUUUGUUUUGAAAUCGUAAGGCGUGCAACAGCAGGUUUUGUUUAUAGCGAAGCAGUAGCAAGUCAUUACAUGAGGCAGGUGCUAGAAGCCCUUAGGUACUGCCACGACAACGACAUUAUCCACAGGGACAUAAAGCCUCAUUGUGUCUUGCUAACUAGUAAAGAGAACUCAGCUCCUGUCAAACUCGGUGGCUUCGGUGUGGCCAUCCAGCUUCAGGACGGGCAAGUGCUCAAUGGAGAAAGUUUCAGGUCACAUUUGAGACCAGGCCUUACCCGGAGUGGGCAGGAGUACCUGAAGAGCGACAGAGAGGGUCGCAUUGGGACACCUCAGUUCAUGGCACCAGAAGUUGUGGACAAGCAACAAUAUGGAAAGCCAGGAGACAUCUGGUCUGCAGGGGUGCUUCUUCAUAUCCUCCUUUCGGGUACCCUCCCCUUCAUUGGAACGAGGCAUCGCUUAUAUCAUUCAAUAUGUCAAGGGAAACUAUAUAUGGAUUCACCACUUUGGGAAACUAUCAGCGAAGGAGCUAAAGAUUUAAUUAGAAGAAUGCUUCACGUAGACCCUAACCAAAGGAUAACUAUUCAGGAAGUACUCAAUCAUCGGUGGCUCAGGGACCGAGAUAAAGCAGUGAGCAAAAUGCAUCUUGGAGAGACAAUAGAAGAAAUGAAGAAGUUAAACGCUCGAAGAAGACUGAAAGGUGCUGUGAUGGCUGCUGUAGCAUCUCCCAAGUGGUCUUCAGAUCCUUCUGACCCUGACCACUUCUCUGAUUAUGGUGAUGAUGAUGCUACAUCAGCUGCUGUAAGUAUGGUGCUGGAUUCGUUAGAUGAUAUACACUGCCUCCAAGAACCUCCUCCUGGCGAUCGAGAUUUCUUGCAUUCGAUUCUAGAAGAUAGGCAACUUCAUGCUCUUCUAGAGCUAUACGACCGAAUAUCAAGUAAAGUUAUGAGCCCUACAAGAGCACCCAGUUCCGAUGGUGUGCUCAAAUGGCGAGAAGUUUUAGACACCUUGAAGGAUCUCGAAACAGCCUCGGCUCCCCACGGAUUGUCAGCAGAUCUCAAGACAGUGAUCGAUGAGCUCACACGACUGCUUCUCAAAUCUCAUUUUAAGGUAAGAAUCAACGGCAUUGAUGUCUUUGAUUUGUAAGUAAU